AUGAGCAGUCAGGCCAUCCCUCCACCUCCACGGCGGAACAGCUUGGGCCAGAAACGAGGUCCGUCGGCCCCCUCCAGGAAAUCCUCCGUCGCCGUCUCCGAAAACGGCAGCGCAAAUGGAACCUCCUCCAAGCCCAACUCUCCUUCGUCUGCUGGCGGGGAGAGGACUGUGAAGAAAUUGAGGCUCUCAAAAGCUCUUACCAUACCGGAAGGCACCACCGUCUCCGAUGCCUGUCGAAGGAUGGCGUCCCGCCGCGUCACCGCCGUUUUGUUAACAGAUGCGAAUGCUUUGCUUUCAGGAAUCGUCACUGACAAGGAUAUCGCUGCUAGAGUAAUAGCUGAGGGAUUGAGACCUGAGCAGACGAUUGUGUCCAAGAUUAUGACCAGGAACCCGAUUUUCGUUGCAUCCGAUGCAUUAGCCAUUGAAGCUCUUCAGAAGAUGGUUCAGGGCAAGUUCAGGCACCUUCCUGUUGUCGAGAAUGGUGAAGUUAUUGCUUUACUAGAUAUUACAAGAUGUCUGUAUGAUGCUAUAUCUAGAAUGGAAAAAGCAGCUGAGCAGCGAACUGCAAUUGCUGCUGCUGUUGAAGGGGUGGAACGUCAGUGGGGAAACAAUGCUCCUGCUCCAACAUUCAUAGAGACUCUGAAGGAAAAGAUGUUCAAGCCUUCCUUAUCAACAAUUAUUGGUGACCAGAAGGUUGCAAUUGCAGCACCAUCAGAUCCUGUCUAUGUUGCUGCUAAAAAAAUGAGAGAUUUGAAGGUCAAUUCGGCUAUUGUUUCGACUGGGAAUAAAAUUCUUGGGAUACUAACCUCAAAGGAUAUUCUCAUGCGGGUAGUUGCACAGAAUCUUUCUCCUGAGCUAACUUUGGCUGAAAAGGUUAUGACCCCAAAUCCUGAAUGUGCUACAUUGGAGACUACAAUCCUUGAUGCAUUGCAUAUCAUGCACGAUGGAAAAUUCUUACAUCUUCCGGUUGUGGAUAAGGAUGGAGUGGUUGCUGCAUGCUUGGAUGUUCUGCAGAUAACUCAUGCUGCAAUUUCUAUGGUUGAAAGCAGCUCUGGAGCUGUAAAUGACAUGGCAAGUUCGAUGAUGCAAAAGUUUUGGGAUUCCGCUCUUGCUUUAGAUCCCCCUGAUGACUAUGACACACAUAGUGAAAUGUCUGCUAUGCUGACAUCUGAUGCGACUGAACUUGGGAAGUCCUACACGAACCUCGGUCUUGAGAAUUCCUUUGCCUUCAAAUUUUUAGACCUUAAGGGUCGAGUCCAUCGAGUUAAUUAUAGCACUGAAAACUUGGAAGAACUUGCAUCUGCUGUCUUGCAAAGAAUCGGUGCAUCUGAAGAACAAGAUCGUCCUCAUCUUUUGUAUGAAGAUGAUGAAGGUGAUAAGGUUUUGCUUGCUACGGAUUCAGAUCUAAUAGGUGCGGUUGGGCAUGCUAGGUCUGCAGGUUUGAAGGUCUUGAGACUGCAUCUGGACUUUGCUGAUUCGAGCCAGAAUACUGAACCAGAGUCUGUUACAACGACAAUGGAGACAAGAAGUCAAUGGAGGUCGUACCAAUUCAGCCUCUUAGCUGGGGCAGUUGCCUUGACAGGGAUCGGUGUGGUGGUUUACCUCAAACGAUCUCAGUUAUGA